CAACAGCCACUUCACACGACGGAAAGACGCCAGCGACCAAUACCUGAGCAAAGAGUGCGAAUACGUCAAACCCUCGCGUCUAGUUAGGUCGUCCGCUGUAAAUAACCAAUUUGACAUCUAUAUGCAGUAUAUUUCGCAUAUUUCUCUUGAUGUAAAUGCUGACAGCUUGUUGUAGGGGUUGGCAGUGCUCUGCCAGCCUGCUUGCUGUUGAUCAGCUAACAAUUAGCUAGGCUAGCUUUAGCUGGAUACUUAGCUGGCUGGGGCGCUAGCAUUAGCUACCACCUAGCUGAUCAUAAGCUAUCACUAGUUUGUUUUCAGCAGCCUGUCGCUAAUUGGGAUGGACAUUUGACAUGACAAUCACCUCUAACUUCUAGCUGAACUGAGGCUGUCAAAGACCACAGGUCAAGCUUGCCUUGACGUGAGACCCUAUGUCUAGCAUGCAGCCAUGAGCUCUGCCCUGUGGAGCCAGGAGAAGCCCAGUGGGGGCUUCAGGGAGGACUGGCGCUUCUACAUGGUAGUCAAGGAGUGUACGGUGGAGAAACCUCCCCAGAAGACUUUGAGGAUCCCCCGUGGUAGUCUGGGCCAGGCCUGCCAGGAGCGCAACAGCCUGGGGCGCACUCUGCCCCCCUGCAAGGGCAAGAAGAGUCUGCGCAUCCUGGACCAGACCAACGUGGUGCUGAGCCUGGACGAGCGGGAUGUUCUUGAACUGGACGAGAAGCUAGCAGAGCUGCUGUUCCCCAUCACCAACUGCGAGGAGCGAUAUGCCCUGCUCUGCAACAAGCCUCGUCUGGAGCGUGCCCGUGAUAUCGACUGCGGCUCGAAGGUGCGCGUCCAGCUGCGCUCGGGGGACGAACCCCUGCCUGGUGUGGUCCGCUUUAAAGGCUCGCUGCUCCCAGACAGGGCCCUCGCUGGAAUCUGGUUUGGAGUGGAGCUGCUGGAGGAGGGCCGGGGCCAGGGCUUCACAGAGGGCUCAUACCAGGGCCGCCAGCUUUUCCGCUGUGAGGAAGAGUGUGGUGUGUUCGUGGCCCUGGAUAAGCUGGAGCUCUGGGAGGAUGAGGAGGAAGAGCUAGGUGAGCUGGAAGUGGACAAUGUCACCCUGGUGGAAGAGGAGCAGGACUUCCCUCCACUAGAGAUCAACUCCAGAGUCCUGGUGCAGACGAGGGAGGGACCUGAGAGAGGCACCAUCAUUUUCUGUGACCUGCUGCCAGGCAAUGAGAGUCUGGGCUACUAUGUGGGAGUUGACAUGGACAAUCCUAUCGGGGACUGGGAUGGUGUGUUUGAUGGGAAGCUGCUGUGUAAUUUUGCCAGCUUGGAGCACACUCGUCUCGUCCCCAUCUGUGACGUAAUGCCAGAAUAUUCCAUGCAGGACCAAAGGCUGCAAAAGCACAGUUUUGCCCCCAGAGGCACCAGCAGUGACAAGUCCUCCUCUGGCCAAAGCAAACCAAAGAACAAAGGAUUAGGUCACCAGUGUGGCAGUAGAAGCAAGUCUGAAUUUUACUAUACUUUAAAUGGCAGCUCUGUUGAUCCCCCCGCCCAGUCCAAAUCCAAAAGCACAUGGUACAUUGAUGAAGUUGGAGAGGACCCUGCCAAGUCACUUACAGACACUCCCCCUGACUUCAACCAAGCCUCCCCACCUUCCAGGGCCCCACCCUCUGCCUCUUUGUCCAGUGACAACAAGUUUCACUCGCUGCCCUUCAGUCUGAGCCGCAAGACUGGGCCCAAUGGCAGCAUGAAUCAUGGACCCCUCUCCCUUUCCGUACAGUCAGUGAUGGGGGAGCAGCCCGAGCCUCCGUCACCUGCCGCCCCUCCCUCUCAACGCCCUCCUACUCCCCCCCGUGGGCAGCCAGGUCUGGAGGUGGGCUCUCUGGUGGAGGUGAAGGAGAACCCUCCUCUGUGUGGGGUCAUCCGCUGGGUGGGCCUUCCUCCUGGCUUACUGGAGCCAUUGGCUGGGCUGGAACUGGAAGAAGAAUGUGUUGGUUGCACGGACGGUACUUUCAAGGGUACGCGCUACUUCACCUGCCCACCUAAGAAGGCCUUGUUUGUAAAACUGAAGUGCUGCCGGCCUGAUUCCCGCUUCCCCUCUCUACACCACUCCUCCAACCCCAUAGAGCGCUGCAACUCCAUCGCUUUCGGGGGUUACUUGAGUGAGGUCGUGCAUGAGAACACCCCUCCCCGCACAGAGAAUGAUGGUCUGGAUGUCAUGGUGGGAAAAAAGAAAGGCAUCCAAGGUCACUAUAACUCCUGCUACCUGGACUCGACCCUCUUCUGUCUUUUCUCCUUCAGCUCUGUCCUGGACACGGUUCUGCUGAGGCCACGCUCAAAGACCGAUGUGGAGUAUUACAGAGAGACCCAAGAGCUGUUACGGACAGAGAUAGUGAACCCCCUGCGCAUACAUGGGUAUGUGUGUGCAACCAAAGUGAUGAAGCUCAGGAGAAUCCUGGAGAAGGUGGAGGCCGCCUCUGGGUUCACCUCUGAAGAGAAAGAUCCUGAGGAGUUCCUCAAUAUCCUUUUUCAUCACAUACUGAGAGUGGACCCGUUGCUCAAGCUAAGGUCAGCAGGCCAGAAGGUCCAGGACUGUUAUUUUUACCAGAUCUUCAUGGACAAGAAGGACAAGGUUGGAGUCCCUACCAGCCAGCAGCUCCUAGAGUGGUCCUUCAUCAACAGUGACCUUAAGUUUGCAGAGGCUCCCUCCUGCCUUAUCAUCCAGAUGCCCCGCUUUGGCAAGGACUUCAAAAUGUUCAACAAGAUCUUUCCCUCACUUGAAUUAGACAUCACAGAUCUACUUGAAGACACUCCAAGGGAAUGUCGAAUCUGCGGAGGCCUGGCUCUCUAUGAGUGCCGCGAGUGUUAUGAGGAUGGGGAUAUCACUGCUGGCAAGAUAAAACAGUUCUGUGAAAAGUGCAAUACACAGGUUCACCUCCACCCAAGGAGGAAGGCCCAUCGGCACGGAAAACUGGCUGUCCCCAAGGAGCUCCAAGAGGGAAUGGGCCGGCAGGGCAGUUUUCCCCGCCAGAGGAUGGAGCUGUUUGCUGUGCUCUGUAUCGAAACCAGUCACUACGUGGCCUUCGUCAAGUAUGGCUCCGCAGACUCUGCCUGGCUCUUCUUUGACAGCAUGGCCGACCGUGAUGGAGGGCAGAAUGGCUUCAACAUCCCCCAGGUGUCACCCUGUCCAGAGGUGGGGGCCUACCUGAAAAUGACCCCAGAGGAGCUGCACGCUCUGGAUCCAAAGAGCAUCCAGGGCCAGGCCCGACGCCUGCUGUGUGACGCCUACAUGUGCAUGUACCAGAGCCCGACCAUGAGCCUGUACAAGUAGCGCCCCCUUCCCCUGCCACCCCAUACCACUCUUAACCCCCAGAUACCCCACUCCCAAGGCAGGAGAUUCCCAGAAAGACCAAAAAAGACAAGACAGAAAAAAGACUGCCAGCCACCAGGGGUGUAGUCCAGAGUUAACCCUCUCCACCCCACCUCUCCUCAACACGUGUCCACGUCUCUGAGCCGAGAGACGGAAGAGAGGAGGAGAAGCCUAUUUGCACUGUGCAUUAGUUGAAGUGUUGUGUUCUUCACGUAGUUCUCUGUAGCUUCCCUGUGCCUCAUAGCUGAGCGUCAGUCGCGGAUGAUGAAGAAGGGUAGGCCUGAUGAAGGUUUACUCCCUGUCAAGGAAGGGAGGAGGGACAAGAUGGGCAGGUCUGGUCUUGGCUGACCAAACAUGCAACAAAAACACAAUGAGCUAAUGGGAGGACAGAGGCCACCUCAUUUACCCUCAGAAAAGGGGGAGUCCUGCUUUUCUUAAUCAGUAUAAAAGAUGGGAGCGUUCCAUAGCGCCACAUUUAGGAAGUAAUGCAGCGCGCAAACCCUCAUCCAACCUGCGUGUACUGUUAUAGAAGCUUGUGUAAAAACUCUUAGUAGCAUAGACUUCUCCAUGUGAACCAUCAACAGUAUAGAUUUCAACCUACUGUACAACUGCAUUAAGACCAGAGUAGUCUGCUCAUUGUGAACUGGUUUGCGUAUUUCCCCAUCAUACUGCGUAAAUGUCUUUACAGUGUAUGUUUUACAAAAACGGACAAUGUACAGAUGUAGCCAUUGUAAAAGUCUCACUUUGUGCUGCAUGCAUGCAGCUAAUGCUGCACUUUUGCUCUUUCCCCAAGCGGAACUGUAGCAAAAAAUGAAUUUUUGCUCUUUUUUUCCAUUUGGUCCAGGUCACAAAGAGUGGUCUAGUAAUUUGUUUGUUGGGAGACAUAGUUUUGUAUUAGAGCAUACAAAUUUGGUUCUACUGUAUAUAUUUAAAGAAUUAAAGUAUGAAUGGUCUGUCUGACUAAUGCACAAUAGAUGUCUGAUAUAUGCGUGAAGAGGGACUUCUACAAUGGCUAUACUGCUGUAAGGCUGGUUGUUCCAAGCUCUCCAUGAAUCCACAGGGUCAAUGAGGUGAAAUACUGGAAAAGCCUUUUUUUUUUUUUUUUUUAAUUAACAGUUUGAUGUGAAGAACUUCAAAUCAAAUGGUCUUUAUUUUAAAGUGUUUGACUUAGUGUGUUGAGAACUAAAUCUAAAUUAUAUUUUAUGUUUACUGUUACCUUCACAGAAGAUGUUGCUCCGCCCCUCAUGGCAGGUCUGAUUACCUAUGAUGUUGAGAGGAAAAUCUCAAAGUAUUUGUUCUUGCUGCCUUUCAUAAAAUAAACAUGUUACAUGUCAUGUUUCCAACCAUGCAUCACAUAACUUAAAAUUGGUGAUCAAAUGCUAUUUAUUGUAUUCUACUCAUAUAUUUACAAACUGGCAAUUCCCUUAUUGAAAAUGGGAGAGGGUAGAUUAUAAGCUUUGGGUACAACUUAUCGUCUUUCAUUGUAUAUCGAAGAGUUAUUGUAGUUUACGCUGUCCCAUUGGAACUACUGAACUUUAAAAAUAGUGGCACGUUGAGCUGUGAGGUGUUGACCAAGUAUGGGAAACAAGGAGGUACAAGGCUCAUAAUCUUGGGGCCUCAAAUAUUUAAAAAUACGUAUAAACACUGUAUCCUUGAUUCCAUCAUUUGAGAGUUACAAAGAAUAUGUUAGAGGUAAUUUUUAAACUGAAUCUAUGGUAUUCAUGCCUUGGAUCAUCAUAGAAAAUAAUUUUUGGUUUUGAAUUAUCAGCAAAAAUUGGAUCUAACUAAUGGAAAUUGCUGAAGUUGGCACCAAGAUCAUUCUUUUUUCUAAAUCCCAACCUCAGCUUUCAUUGGUUGUGAGCACAAAAUUAGCAAGUAAGAGCCUUUUAUAAAUGAGGUCCCAGAUGACUCCAGCUCCCAGUUUUCUUUGUGAUCAUUUCCCCUUUCCCAGGGAUUCAGAUAGGGGGCCUUUCUGUGUGAACUGUUUUUUUUUUCUUUUUUUUUUUUUUCUCUGCACUGCAGUUUAAUGCUUGUCACUGACUGGAGGACAUCCUCUGCCAGACAAAACCGGAGUCUUAAACAGAAGAUGGGACUUUGACUUUCUGUUGCAUCUGUACAGUGUAGACAUACUGUAUGUGACGGAUGGAAAUUAAUGUCAGUGAUGUUCCUGUAAAUGUUAACUAAAUAAAACCCAUUUUGAAGGGUA